AUGCACCCAGAGGCGCACCCAGAGGCGCACCCAGAGGCGCACCCAGAGGGGGACCCAGACCCAGAGGAACGUGUCGGUCCCUCCAGGAGAAACAUCCGGCUCUCACUUGAGGCCCACACCAGGAGAAACAUCCGGCUCUCACUUGAGGCCCACACCAGGAGAAACAUCCGGCUCUCACUCGAGGCCCACACCAGGAGAAACAUCCGGCUCUCACUCGAGGCCCACACCAGGAGAAACAUCCGGCUCUCACUUGAGGCCCACACCAGGAGAAACAUCCGGCUCUCACUUGAGGCCCACACCAGGAGAAACAUCCGGUUCUCACUUGAGGCCCAUACCAGGAGAAACAUCCGGCUCUCACUCGAAGCCCACACCAGGAGAAACAUCCGGCUCUCACUUGAGGCCCACACACCAGGAGAAACAUCCGGCUCUCACUCGAGGCCCACACCAGGAGAAACAUCCGGUUCUCACUCGAGGCCCACACCAGGAGAAACAUCCGGCUCUCACCUGACCCCCACACCAGGAGAAACAUCCGGCUCUCACUCGAGGCCCACACCAGGAGAAACAUCCGGCUCUCACUCGAGGCCCACACCAGGAGAAACAUCCGGCUCUCACUCGAGGCCCACAUCAGGAGAAACAUCCGGCUCUCACUCGAGGCCCACACCAGGAGAAACAUCCGGCUCUCACUCGAGGCCCACACCAGGAGAAACAUCCGGCUCUCACUCGAGGCCCACACCAGGAGAAACAUCCGGCUCUCACUCGAGGCCCACACCAGGAGAAACAUCCGGCUCUCACUCGAGGCCCACACCAGGAGAAACAUCCGGCUCUCACUUGAGGCCCACACCAGGAAACACAUCCGGCUCUCACUCGAGGCCCACACCAGGAGAAACAUCCGGCUCUCACUUGAGGCCCACACCAGGAGAAACAUCCGGCUCUCACUCGAGGCCCACACCAGGAGAAACAUCCGGCUCUCACCUGACCCCCACACCAGGAGAAACAUCCGGCUCUCACUCGAGGCCCACACCAGGAGAAACAUCCGGCUCUCACUCGAGGCCCACACCAGGAGAAACAUCCGGCUCUCACUCGAGGCCCACACCAGGAGAAACAUCCGGCUCUCACUCGAGGCCCACACCAGGAGAAACAUCCGGCUCUCACUUGAGGCCCACACCAGGAGAAACAUCCGGCUCUCACUCGAGGCCCACACCAGGAGAAACAUCCGGCUCUCACUCGAGGCCCACACCAGGAGAAACAUCUGGCUCUCACUCGAGGCCCACACCAGGAGAAACAUCCGGCUCUCACCUGACCCCCACACCAGGAGAAACAUCCGGCUCUCACUCGAGGCCCACACCAGGAGAAACAUCCGGCUUUCACUCGAGGCCCACACCAGGAGAAACAUCCGGCUCUCACUUGACACCCACACCAGGAGAAACAUCCGGCUCUCACUUGAGACCCACACCAGGAGAAACAUCCGGCUCUCACUUGACGCCCUCAUCAGGAGAAACAUCCGGCUCUCACUUGAGACCCACACCAGGAGAAACAUCCGGCUCUCACUUGAGACGCACAUCAGGAGAAACAUCCGGCUCUCACUUGAGACCCACACCAGGAGAAACAUCCGGCUCUCACUUGAGACCCACACCAGGAGAAACAUCCGGCUCUCACUUGAGACCCACACCAGGAGAAACAUCCGGCUCUCACUUGAGACGCACAUCAGGAGAAACAUCCGGCUCUCACUUGAGACCCACACCAGGAGAAACAUCCGGCUCUCACUUGACCCCCACCACGCUACAUUCCUUAUAA